GAAGAAGAAGAAGGUGUGUUUACAUUUGCAUUGACAGGCUCGGCGUGACUACGGAAUCCACCCAGGAGAAUGAAGUCAUAGGUCGGUAAUGAGGUUAUAUUACAUAAAUAUAUGACUCGUUACUUUUAUAACACUAAACAAUAUAUGCGGAUUAUUCAGUAAUUCGGAUUGUUUGCCCAUGGUAUGCACCAUUGGUAAUAUUUCCGAACUGAUUUUCGCUUAGUUAGUUAGUUAGUUUAGAGACAAUGUCGAAAGCCGGGGCAGAGGCUGGAGCUCAGGCUGGAGCUCAGGCUGAUCCGGGGUCAGUCGUCUCGGAUCCACAACAUUCCCAGAAGCUUUUGAGAUCCCUGCGAUCGUUUAGAGAAGAUGGGAGUUUUCAGGACGCUCUUUUGGUCAUUGAAGGAGAAGAGAUCCCUGUGCAGAAGAACAUCCUAGCAGCCGCGAGUCCAUAUAUCAGGACAAAGCUAAAUUACAACCCACCCAAAGAUGAUGGAUCUAUGUACAGAAUUGAGCUGCAGGGCAUAUCUAUGCCUAUCAUGAAGCAGAUCCUGGACUACAUCUUCAGUGGAGAGAUCUCUCUAAAUGAGGACACCAUCCAGGACGUGGUCCAGGCCGCUGACAUGCUGCUGCUCGUCGACCUCAAGUCGCUGUGCUGCCAGUUCCUCGAGAGCUGCAUCACGGCAGAGAACUGCAUCGGCAUCCGGCUCUUCUCCCUGCACUACUGCCUGCACCACGUGCACCACGUGGCCACAGAGUACCUGCAGACGCACUUCAGGGACGUAGUGGACACGGAGGAGUUCCGCGAGCUCCCGCCCGAGCGCCUGUGCGAGCUGUUGGCCAUGGAGAAGCUCAACGUGGGUAAUGAGAAGUACGUGCUGGAGGCCGUGGUGCGCUGGCUCGCCUACGACAUCGAAGCCCGUCGGGUGCACAUGAAAGAGGUGAUGUCUGCAGUGUGGGUGCAGGGCCUGGACCAGAGCUACCUGCAGGAGCAAAUGCUGGGAGAGGCACUGAUGAGGGAGGUGAUUGGCGAAUGUUGCGUGGAGUCGUUAAGAGGCGCGGCGCAGCAAGGAGAAGAACUGCUCGCUGCCUUCAAACCCCGCGGCUACUCCGAGUGCAUCGUCGUUGCAGGGGGUGAGGACAGGGCCACUCGGAAGCCGUCUGCAGUGACACGCUGCAUGUGCCCGCUUUACGACAGGAACCGGCAGCUGUGGAUCGAUCUUCACCCCAUGAACGAGAGACGGAUUGGUCAUGGGGUGGUUACUGCCGAUGGCUGCCUUUUUGCGAUUGGAGGAAUGGAUGAAAAUAAGACCGUGUUGAGUAGUGGAGAGAAAUACAACCCAGAGACUAACACCUGGACGCACAUUCCGCCAAUGAACCAGGCAAGGCAGCAUUUUUGUAUUGCUGAGUUGGAUGGACUCAUCUACGUCCUGGGUGGUGAGAAUGAAGACACUGAAGUCCUCCUGACGAUGGAAGUAUUUGACCCUCACUUCAAUACCUGGACAACGCAGACCAGCAUGACUACUGUCCGAAAGUUUGGUUGCUGCGCGACAAUGAAGAAGAAGCUGUAUGUCAUGGGAGGAGGGUCUUACGGGAAAAUCUACGACUCUGUGGAAUGUUACGACCCCAAGACUCAGCAGUGGACUACAAUCUGCCCCCUAAAGGAGAGGAGGUUUGGCGCUGUGGCAUGCGGCGUGGGUCAGGAGCUCUACGUGUUCGGAGGAGUGAGGAGCAGAGAUGCAGACAACCCCGAGUCCAGUCAAAUGACUAUCUGCAAAUCUGAGUUCUUUCAUGAUGAGUUGAAAAGAUGGGUGAUGCUUGAUGAUCAGAACCUUUGCAUACACACCACAUCGUCAUUCGUAUAUGGAGCCGUUCCCAUUGGAGCCAGUAUAUAUGUUGUUGGAGAACUGGACACGGGUACCAGUUACGACUACGUGCGAGAGUUUCGGCGCAGUACAGGUACUUGGCACCCGACUCGCCCCCUCCUGCCCUCGGACCUGUGUAAGACCGGCUGUGCUCCUCUCCGCAUCGCUAACUGUAAACUGUUCCGGCUGCAGCUGAAACAGGGUCUGUUCCGGAUCCGAGUGCCAUCCAUGUAAAGAGCACCUCCUCGCCCAUCUAGUCAUCUUCUUAUGCUUGCCGACCGGGUAAAUACGUGCCACUUGGGAUUGGCUUUGGGAAUGAUUUUAGGCGAGGAUGCUUACUGAGUGAGCUGGACAUUUUGUCCACUUUUUUGUUUUGUGUUUUCAUAUGUUUUCAUAUUUUUUUUAACUCAAAGGGAUGUCAUUUUGAUAUGUAGCAGGUAAGCUACCUUUUGUAACUGUUAAUAUUGUGUUUUUAGAGAGAUCCACGGGUUGUUGCUUGCUGCUACUGCCUUUUAAGCUAACAAUAAUACUGAUAGAUUUGGAGGGGGAGGGGGGGGGGGGUGUUUGGUAGCUUGACUGUAUUUUUUUUUCCUCUCAUUUUUUUAUUUUAUCAUUUAUGAAUUGUCUUACACUUGGAUUACACUGUUGAUGGGAACUGCUUUGGACUGUCAGGAGAAGAAUGAUGGGAACAGUGGUGUAUUUUUAGCCCGUAUUAAACAUGGCUUUAGAAUAGAAAACACAAGACUUCAUUAUCUAGAAUGAAAAGUAUUUGGGAGAAAAAAAGUGUGCAUAUUUAGGAAGGUGGAGAUUGUUUCUAUAGCAUUAUUGCCGUUUUAUUAUAAACACUGUACCUCAAAGAGUUAAUUCCAUGUAAUAAUUAGGGCUUAGGCAUGAUACACGUAUAUAACCGGUAGUAGGAACUUUUUUUUUUUUUUGUAUUGAUAAAAUCGUACUAGACGAUUGCGCUCGCUCUGAUUAAAGCCGCUGUGUGUGUGUGUGUGUGUGUGUGUGUGUGUGUGUGUUUUGAGGGUGACCUUUGAACUGGCUUUCCAGUCACUGCAGACCGUUUUGGCAUCCGGCGUGACCCCAUUUGUUGUGUGCGCGUCACAGCUGCUGCUGUCUAUUCUAAUCGGUACACACUUCUAGAGAAGCUCGUAAGCAUACAUUCGACUGCCCAGCGAUAGAAACGGCUACAACAUUUAAACAAACAUUUGGGGCAGAGUUUGUUUUCGGUGUUUUUAUAAUGGACGCAGGUCAUACACGCUCGACUGCUUUGUGGUUUGUUUCGUUGCACUAAUAAGGUCGUAGCAUAAGACUAAACUUUUUUUACUUAAUGAAACGACAGCGAGUUCUGAUUCCGCGUUGGGUUCAAAACCAGUUUGUCUGUAAAUGCUGUAUAAUAAUCCUGUGUUCCAGGUAUGAACAGCGUGUCAUGCUCACGCUCAUGUAUUUGUUGACUCGGGUGUCUGUGUGCUAAGCGUGUAACACUCCUUUUCUACGAAUUAAUUGCAACUUCCCAGUGUCGUCCUGCGUACCUCGCUUUUUAAACCCGACCAUCUCGUCUUCAACCAAAACGCAGAGCCUUGAUAUGCACAAGCUAUCAACAAAGUCGCUACAAGCUAGACUUUUAAUCACUGUUGGAUUUUGAUUAUUGAGAUGUUUUUCCUCCACGCUAUGCAUUAUCAGUGAUAACGUCGUUUCCCUCAGCUCCUUUCAAACAGCCUUGACCUUUGCUCUGAAAUUGUCAAAGCAUCGUGCGAUGCUCGUGCAGUUAAUAGGGACGCCACUUUACGAGAGUUUAUGUAAGAAUGUAACACUAGAACAUAUGUACGCACCUUUGAAAACACUGCUCAUGGCCAGCACUUAAACAUACGGUGUGUGUGUGUGUGUGUGUGUGUGUGUGUGUGCAAACAUAGGAUAACUUUCAACGCGCACUACACAUUCCUUCUUGUGCCAUUGUGUACUGUAUAACCUUACAUUUGUAAAGGACCAGAUAUAGAAUAUUUCUUGCUUAAUUCUGGAUAAGCCGAAUGGUGACAGCAAUGACUUUUUUAAAACCUAUCUAUUAUGCCUAUUAAUAAUACACCUCAAAGUAUGUGUAUGAGGAAAACUAUAUAAAGGUAUUUCUGAUACACGAUAUGUAUACCAGUAUUUAUUUAAAAAAAUCUAUCCUCAAGACACUAGAAUAGCAUUUGGAAACAAGGACAACAGAGAUGUCGAAAUUAAAACAAAAGUCACGAAUUUCUACCAUUUUAAAAUUCGUUUUUUGAGGAAAAUGUAGAAAUUCUUCAAACUCAUAGUUUAGUUCGUUUCUAAAUCAUUUAAAACAGCACAAAGCUUCACAGCUUCUUUAAUCAGAGUUUGUAAUUAUUAAUAAAUAAUAUUUUAAAAGAAUAUCAGGAUACUAUCUGUAGGUUCAUUUCUCGUAUAUCAUUCUAUUGCCCAGCCUCGAACAGUGACACAGACUAAGAACAAAUGAGAUGCGUUAGUUCUGAAUAUUUAAAUAACUUUUUUGUAUAUUUAUCUUUUAAACCUGAAGCUGAACAUCCAGUUAUUCAGAAGCUUAUAAGGAAAUAAACAUCAUAUCUAUGAAAA